AUGCCCAAGGAACUUCCGCCUGUGGACUUGGAACAUCCCAGUGAUCUUGACUUCAUCGUGCACGCGGUUCAUGCAUAUGCGCUUGAUAUUGGCUCCGAACGAUUGCGUACACGCGGCCGAAAUGCUGCUUCAUUGCAAGAUACAAUGAAUCAUGCCCUUUCUCGCUGGAUCUAUGCUGCUCGCACACGUCUCAUACCUAAUGUGCACAUCAAUGGCCUUGCACUCUCUGACUAUGCAAAACAAGAAGCAGGUGAGUUUUAA